AUGACGGCUGCUGCUGCUUCACAGAAGACAAAGAAUUAUUUGGCCCGAAUCACCGCAUCAUUUACAGCACCAGCUGCUGCGACAGCAGCAGCAGCUGUGGCAGCAGCAACAGCUGUGGCAGCAGCAACAGCUGUGGCAGCAGCAGCAGCUGUGGCAGCAGCAACAGCUGUGACACCAGCAACAGCUGUGACAGCAGCAACAGCUGUGCCAGCAGCAACAGCUGUGCCAGCAGCAACAGCUGUGCCAGCAGCAGCAGCUGCAACAGCAGCAGCAGCACUUCUUGCGGCAGCGCUUCGGUGGCAGCAGCUGCUGCAGCGCCACCAACUGCAGGGCUAUGGGGGUUUCUUGUUUUGUGCUGAGACAUUUCUUGAAGGCAUUUUGCAACUCUCUAUUUCAUAUUUGUGA